AUGGCAAAGAUUAUUGAAGUCAAUGAUGAUUCAGAUUACAUGGGAGCAAUCGCAAACGCUGGCGACUCACUAGUUGUUGCUGAGUUUUACGCUACCUGGACUGCGCCAAGCGUCGCAAUUUCUGAAGAACUCACUAAACUAAGAGAAGAUUUCCCUGAAGUCGUCCACAUUCGUUGUAAUCUCGCCAACUGUGUUGUAAUUCCUAAUUAGCCUGUCUUCAAUAAAUACUCAGUAAAUAUCAUCCCCUGCGUCAAAGUAUUCAGGAACGGCGAAGAACUAGGUGAAAUCAAAGGAGCCAAAGCUCGUGAAAUCCGUGAUUUAGUAGAAGCUAACUUACUUUAA